GUUGGCCAAUCAGCUACUUCAGCGGUGACACCUCAUUGCGCGCGACGAUCCCAAGCACCAUUGCGAUUUUCUAUUUUCAUACAAUGACAAAGCGAAAAUUCAGGCCUUGCCCUGCUUGCCAGGUCAAGAACCAGGCUAUCAGGAAGUGCUGCAGCGCCUGCUAUACAAACCUCUGCAAGACUAAAAAGAUGGAGGGCCUCAAAGACCGACUGGAUAAUGCGUGGGGGCAGGGGGUCUGGAAAAACCGGAAUGCGUCACGAGUGGUUUCUUCUGCUCAAGUUGCAGUGCAGAAACUUGCUGCCUUGGGCUAUAUGCCCAUUUUAUUUAUGGGCAGAAAAAAAAAGAAUUUGUUGAUCGCCGAUAUAAAUUCUGGAAUACCACUCAAUGAGGACACACGACCUUUUGUUGAUGCCAUGAAGAAGGCUUAUGAGUAUUUACUUAAAAAGCAAGGACCCCAGAUGUCUCCUUUACAUCCCCAGCCUGACCAGCAUAUCCAAAUCCCAACCCAGCCUGACCAGCAGAUCCAGCCCCAUCCUGACCAGCAGAUCCAAUCCCCAAUCCAGCCUGACCAGCAGAUCCAGCACCAUUCUGACCAGCAGAUUCAGACCCAUCCUGACCAGCAGAUCCAAACCCCAACCCAGCCUGACCAGCAGAUUCAGCACCAUUCUGACCAGCAGAUUCAGACCCAUCCUGACCAGCAGAUCCAAACCCCAACCCAGCCUGACCAGCAGAUUCAGCACCAUUCUGACCAGCAGAUUCAGACCCAUCCUGACCAGCAGAUCCAAACCCCAACCCAGCCUGACCAGCAGAUUCAGCACCAUUCUGACCAGCAGAUCCAGACCCAGACUGAAGCUCAACAGAUUGAUGAUGAUGUCAUCCUCAACCUCUAUUUUUUGCCCUCUCCAUCCCAUGUCCAGACUCACUCUGAAGCUCAACAGCUCCAGGUCCAGCCACGGCCCCAGCAAAUUCAGCCGCUGACUGCCAAACCAAACAAUAAAAAAAAUAAAAAAGGGUGCCGAAAAUGCAGCAGGCAAAAAGUGUGGCAAUACGACACGAUUGUUGACAAAAGAAUGACAGGGGAUAAGGCUGAAGUAAAGGUGCGCUGGUUGCCUUGUUCUCAGUGUGGCAAAGCCUGGGAGGACACAUGGGAGCCAGCCAGCCAGUUUCCUUCCUGAGCUUAGCACAGGACUCCUACAGCAGUGACCUGCAGUUCAAAUGAACAUUUCACACACACACACACACACACACACACACACACACACACACACACACACACUGCUGAUGUUAUAUGUGUGUUCAUACUAUGUUUGAUUGCUGUACAUUUCUUUAUUUGUUGUUUGCCUUUACUGUCUUUCAAAUGGCACUAAAUAUGUCUUCAUCUCUUUGUUGGACUUGUGCAGUAAAGUGAAGUUAUUGUAUUUCUGAUUAUGGUUCUAAUAAA